AUGAUGCCGCGGCGAACUGACAUCAGAUACAACUGGGUUGACGGUGCAGAGUCGCUUGAAUGUUACGCACCUGGCGGCUAUCAUCCUGUUAUGAUUGACGACAUUCUCCACGAUAGAUAUCGUAUCGUGGAUAAGCUGGGAUUCGGCGGAUAUUCGACCGUCUGGCUUGCCCAGGAUAUUCGCUUGGGACGAUAUGUCGCUGUAAAAGUUGGCAUCUCAUCGGAGUCGAAGUCGCUUCUGCAUGAAAUAAAGAGUCUCCGCACACUCUUUACACCGCUAUCUUCACCUACAUCGAAGCAGCAGCAUCCAGGAUGCAAUUCAUUCCCUUACAUCUUAGAUGAAUUCGAGGUACAUGGCCCCAACGGGACCCAUGUAUGCUAUACCAGCACCCCAGCGCGAUGUAAUCUCCGCGAGGUCUCGUUUAAUCGCAUGUUUCCUCUCGAGGUUGCGCGGGCUCUAUCAGGCGGACUUGCCAUUGCUCUUGCAUAUAUACAUUCGCAAGGCUAUGUUCACGGAGGCUUUGAUCAGCUUUCAAUUGACCAGUUACGGGAAAAAUAUGGCAAGCCUGAGGCUAUCACUGUUUCUCGGCGAGAUGGGAAACCACUGCCCCCCAACGUUCCACCAAAGGCAGUCCUCCCACUAUACCUUGGGAAAAGGGCUGAAGAAUUCACGUUAUCCGAUGUACGUGUCCUUCUUAGUGAUUUUGGCGAAACAUUCGCACCAGCCUCAGACGUGCGUCGUGGAAAGGACUGUAACACGCCGCUUGCUUUCCAGGCUCCAGAAGCUCGAUUCGAACCGCAGACGGCACUCUCGUACCCCUCUGAUAUCUGGAGUCUGGCUACGGCGAUAUGGGAGAUAGUAGGCAUGAAGGCCAUUUUUAGCACAGAUUGGGUGACCGAGGAUGAGAUGGUAUCCCAGCAUAUUGAUGAGCUAGGGCCCAUGCCAUCGAGCUGGUGGGAACGCUGGGAGGAACGAGACCAAUUCUUUGAUAAAGAUGGGCGUCCAUUAGAGGACCGGGACGUGUGGCCUUCGAUUGAUCAGGCGUUUGAGGACUGGGUGCAGAAAUAUCGACGAAAACGCAAUGUAGGGGAGUUUAGUAAGGAGGAAGCCUCCGCUAUCUUGGAUCUGAUGCGACGGAUGUUGGCUUUCCGUCCAGAAGAGCGACCAACAGUUGAAGAGAUCCUGAAAUCAGAGUGGAUGGUCAAGUGGGUGUUGCCUGGUUUUGACCGCAGUUUGAUAUCAAAUGAGCCAUUGUAG